ACCAGGAAGACAAUAGCAAGAGCACAGGUGGACAAAGAGCCGGAAACGAAACCAACCAGAGAUCUCGUCAAACUACACUAAAUCUGCCGCGUUUCCAUCCAUCGAUAUAUCCAUUCGUUCCAUCGGUCGCUCCAAUGAACGUACGUAUGUUCCUGGAAGCGAGCAAGAGCCGCCUCUCUAUAUAACCAUGUCGGAGCUCUUUGUUCUCGUCACAGCCAUUGCACAUUUCAGUAAUAAGCAGAAGGAACAACAGAGGUAGAUUCAGUUUCAGUUUCAAUUUUAGUGCUCGAUCUCCAUGGCUUCCAAGGUGAUGUGUGCCGUGGCCGUGGCGGUCGCCGUGGUCUUCCUCCCCGUGCUCGGCUCCGCCACCGUCCACGUCGUUGGCGACGGCAGCGGGUGGACGCUCGGGUUCGACUACACCGCCUGGUCAGAGAGCAACCAGUUCAGGGUCGGCGACGCACUAGUGUUCAAGUACAACAAGGCCCGCCAUAACGUGGUGGAGGUGAGCGGGCCGGAUUUCAGGGCGUGCAACAGCGCCAAGGGCCUCGGCACCUGGAACUCCGGCAGCGAUGAGGUCCAGCUCGCCAGCGCCGGCAGGAGGUGGUUCAUCUGCGCCGUGGGCGGCCACUGCGGUAUGGGCAUGAAGCUCAACGUCACCAUCCUCGCCGCCGACGCGCCUUCGCUCGCCCCUGCACCGGCACCGUCAUCGUCUUCUCACAAGUCCAAGCGCCCCUUUGUUACCAAGUGGUGAUGACCUGCCGGCGCCCCGAGUACCUACCGAGUGCCGACUAUGUAUUUCGUGCUUUUGGUAGUCACGUCGUGCACGGUCUGAUCAAUCGCACUUGUUCACUUCGUGCCAUUUUUUUCCGUUCCGACUUAAUAAUUGGACUAAUAUCCGACAGAUGCAAUUGAUUAUUUUUGAGAAUUAUC